AAGAACCAUUCCACCCUGCGGCAGGAGCCGGCCACCGCGCCGCCAUCCGCGCCUCCCCCAGUCCCCAUGGUUACGGCUCCUGCUUCCCAGCCGGUCCCUGGUCCCUGCCCGCCGCCAGGAAGACAGGCAGGCACAGGCGGCUGGCGCCCCCCACCUGAGCCCUGGAAGCCGCCCGCUGAGACGCGGUGAACGCCUGCUCUUCCUGGCUCUGACUCAUCCUCUCUCCCGGUGCAGAGCGCCGUCACCGCUGUGCCUGGCCACAGCUCCGGGCGGACUGCAGCCCUGCAAUCUGUUGAUAACUGCACUUGCGAGCUCCAGGCCACUGGUGAUGGAAAUCUGUUCCCCGGUGCUGAGAACCCGCCAGUCCGCACCUGCACAGGGGAGCAGGAGACCAGCACCCCUCCAGCUGUCUCUGCCAAAAUAGAUGGGUGCAGCCUGCAGACCCCCGCCCACCCUGUCACAGCCACCUUGGCACCCUGAGGCAUACUUCUCUGGAAGCUCCACCCGUGGCUGUGGGAUUUUGACCUUCUGGACAGCCAUGGAGGCUGGCAGGGAGAAGGGCGCGACAUAACCUUCUCCGCCACAUCUCGGCCCCCUCCGGUGCUCCUGCCUGGGUAACUCUGCAGGGCUCAUGGAUUUGAAGACUGUCCUGUCCCUGCCCCGGUUCCCAGGGGAGUUCCUGCACCCCGUGGUGUAUGCCUGCACUGCCGUCAUGCUGCUCUGCCUUCUCGCCUCUGCAGUCACCUACGUCGUGCACCGGAGUGCCAUCAGGAUCAGCCGGAAAGGCCGGCACACACUCCUCAACUUCUGCUUCCACGCAGCCCUGACCUUCACCGUGUUCGCUGGUGGCAUCAACCGCACCAAGCACCCAAUCCUGUGCCAGGGGGUGGGCAUCCUGCUGCACUACUCCACACUGUCCACCAUGCUGUGGGUCGGAGUGACUGCGAGGAACAUCUACAAGCAGGUGACCAAGAAGGCCCUGCCAUGCCCGGGUGCAGACCAACCGCCAUACCCCAAGCAGCCCCUGCUCAGGUUCUACCUCAUCAGUGGAGGCGUCCCCUUCGUCAUCUGUGGGGUCACUGCUGCCACAAACAUCAGGAAUUAUGGGACCGAAGAUGAAGACACAGCCUACUGCUGGAUGGCCUGGGAGCCUAGCCUGGGCGCAUUCUACGGCCCCGCUGCCUUCAUCGUCCUGGUCACCUGUGUGUACUUCCUUGGCACCUACAUCCAGCUGAGACGCCACCCGGAGCGCAGGUACGAGCUCAGAGAGCGCUCGGAGGAGCAACAGCGGCUGGCGGUGCCUGAGGGGGGCCACCGCCACGGGGCGCAGCCCUGCACAACGCCUGCCUGUGACCCACUGGCCGCCUCGCAGCUGCAGAAUGAGCACUCCUUCAAGGCCCAGCUGCGGGCUGCGGCCUUCACACUGUUCCUCUUCAUGGCCACCUGGGCCUUCGGGGCGCUGGCUGUGUCUCAGGGCCACUUCCUGGACAUGGUCUUCAGCUGUCUGUACGGCGCCUUCUGCGUGACACUGGGGCUCUUCGUGCUCAUCCACCACUGUGCCAAGCGGGAGGAUGUGUGGCAGUGCUGGUGGUCCUGCUGCCCCUCCCGUGGGGACGUCCCCCAACAGCCCAGCACACACCCCACGCUCGAUGCCAACGGGGACGUGCUGGGGCACAUGGCCUGCCUGCAGGACUCACCGUGCCCUGGCCAGGCAAGGGGCUUCAGCCACCCAGCACCAGGCCACUGCAAGAUGACCAACCUGCAGGCCGCCCAGGGCCACGCCAGCUGCCUGUCGCCAGCCACCCCCUGCUGUGCCAAGAUGCACUGUGAGCAGCUGAUGGAGGACGAGGCCCACAGUCACAUGCCUGAGGGAGAGGCCUUCCUACAUGAGCCCCACCUGCACAGGUGCCUCGAGGGCAGAACUAAGCCCCACUACUUCCACCCUGCUGCCUCGGCCCCACGGGAAUACGCCUACCACAUCCCAUCCAGCCUGGACGGCAGCCCCCACAGCUCCCGCACAGACAGUCCCCCCAGCUCCCUUGAGGGCCCGAUGGGGGUGCACACUCUGGCUUGCUGCACCCCAGGCGACCCCUUCCCCAUGGUCAGCCAGCCUGAGGGCAGCGACGCCAGCUCUGCCCUCUAUGGCUGCCCACCACGGCUGCCUCCAGGCCCAGCCCACUUGGAGAUGCUCCGCAGGACACAGUCCCUGCCCUUCGGAAGCCCUGGCCAGAACGGGCUGCUCAAGGGUGACAUCCGAGAAGGCCUGCCGUUCAGCACUGAUGGGACAGGCAACAUCCGGACGGGGCCCUGGAAAAAUGAAACUACAGUGUAACUGGAGUGGGAGCACAUGGGCCUCCCCAGAGCCACCAUGUCCCCAAGGAGCUUCAGCUUCAGGGGCCAUCUGCCAUCUAACAGGGACUGGGGGUCACCAGUGACUGGGCCUUUCAGAUGUGGCUCAGACGCCAUCACCAAGACCCUCUUUGUGAAGACCCCAGGGAGAAACACUCUGGGCCACAGCUGCACCAGCCCAGGUGGGCCUGGCUGUCCACGUACUGUCACCCACUCUCCGUUUGUAGAGUCCAGUCCCCAGGGCAGCCCAGAAACACAGCAUGGGAUUCUAUCAAAGGAGCCCCCCAGACCCCAGGCCCGAAAAUGCAGGGCGGUGACCAGGAGCCCUCAGCAGGGCCCCUGUGGACAUUCCCAGGUGUUCAGUGAGGGUGUUCUGAGUUCAUUCCAGAGCGGGGCUGCUGCUUCUCCAGAGCACGCUUAUGCUGAGCACUGUCUGCAGACCCCUCUGCCAUCCUUAUGUCUGUCAGCUACAUGUGGGCACCCACAGGAGCCCCUGCCCACUCCCUGCCUCCAAGCCAGCCCUGCCCUGGAGGUAGCCCACCCUGUAGCCCGAGAACACCUUGGGUGCUAGAAGAUGAGCCCCACUCUGGAGCUGUGGGGAAGAGCAGCUCAUGGCUGCCGGCCUUCAUGGGUGGGUCUCAAGGCCGUGCCUCUGCAAGAUGCCCAGAUCCUUCUCGAUGGAGAUUCAGCUUCCUCCACCAGCCACUGUCAGGCCUGGGUUCUGCUCCAGUGUGGGCACAUACUAGCAAGUUCCCUUGCACAAGGAAGAGGGGCUAAUUGGGGGUGAGGUCACCAGACAAAAUUUCUUUUUCUCUUUUGCAUUUCCAUGAAUAUCUAGGAACAAAGCCCCAAAUCAAAGGACAGACGUUGAUGACGAGGAGUCUGUUAUGGAAGCAAGUGACCCAUCCCUGGGCAGUGUCCUCCCAAGGCAGGAGCCCAUGGGUCCGGGGGGCGUGCCUAUGAGAUCACACAGCCCUUCCAUUCCUUCUCCCCUCCCAGUCUGUGGCACAUGUGCACACACACACACACACACCAGAACAUGUGCAUACAUGACCAAGUGCAGACACACAUUCAGUGUGCACAUCACACACAUGCAUGAGAGUGCCUGUACUGUACACAAUGUGAUGUGUGUGCGUGCAGGUACAUGCACAUGCCAUGCACAUGCCAUGCACAUGUGCACACAGAGAAUUAGGUGUUUUCCAGCUGCCCCAAGCAUGGGUUUUCACUGCAGCUGUGGGUGUCAGCAGCAGAAUCUGCUGUCUGUGUGCUUCACCCAUGUGCUCUGCUCUGCCAGCUGGGCAGGUGGCUUCAGGGGAUCAGAGCUUUCUAACGUGCAUCUCAGAGGAGAGGGCAUGGAUAUGUGGAGUGCCUUCAAGCAGGUGCUCUGCAGCAUUGUGGUGGGCAGCCAUCCAGAGGCCGGCACUUGGUAUCUGAGCAAGAACCUGGGACCCAACACUUGGAAACCCAAAAGAGAUGCUGUGACUCCCACAGCACCUGCACCCAACAUGGACUCCUCCAUGCAGACAGUCAGCACCGGGCAGCGAGGGCCACCAGGCAGGGUCAGUCCCUGUCACCGUGCACCUUCCCGCCUGCUUCCAUAGCGACACGUGGACCCUGACGGUCUGCACCAAAGCAUACCUUCCUGAAAAUACAGUGUUUGCCAUUGUCUGUCCUGGGUGAGACUGGUCAAUAGCAUCCUGUGUGUGUCUCUCGCCCCUGACGAGAAGGAGGGUCCAGGGGAUUUGAGCCUCAUUCAGUAUGCUUCCCUGGGCCCCUCAUGUCCUUUCUGCCCUCAAUGCCCCUGGCAGAAGAGAGAGCACCUCAUCAUUCGACCAAAGAAUUCAGCAUUAAACACUAACUGUGUUGCUUUUCAA